AAGAAAAAGUUUGGGAUGUAUCGAUCCUUUGGAACACAACGGUGUUCAUUAUUCAAAUCAGACGUUCGUCCCACAAGUUCUCGCGACAACGAGUAUGAAGAUGGCUGGUUGUCUGCAGGUCCUAUGAAACGUCAGUCAGCGUCACGGCGGAACAUCCCAGCAGACAUCCACAUUACUGUCGUGUCAACCCCAAUGUCACUAGCAAGUGUCCAUCCCAUCGAAAUGCAUAACCGAGAUCAUAGUGGCCUGAGCAACAGGAGUCAGAGUAUUGGGAGUUCUUUGGAAGAGCUCCACAACUACUUCAACUCGGAUGCUGUUCUGUCCAUUGAGGAGCUUCGCCUGCAACUAAACUCCUGUUUCACGUGCGGUGUAAGCUGGCAUGAGGACCACGUGUCAUUGGACUGCAGGGAAUGUGGUGGUUAUUCUUUGGAGAGACCUUGCCCUCUGUGUGAUGGUCGCUGCAGCAAUGUCUGGAAGCGGGAUCUCACCAUGUCUCAUGCAUCUGGUAAAGCACGCUGGGAAGGUGAGUGCGCGCUGAGACGUCAGCCAGAACCAAAUCUCAUCUUCAAGUCCCUUGCAGCAGAAGAAGAAUCUCGGCUGUGCAGUCGGUUGGAGAAGUUAGGUGCCAGCUCAUGACGAUGCUCACCACAUUAGUGUCAAUGGACCAACAGAACAGACAGAUGGGCACGGUCUACAAGACCAACUUGAGUGCGUGUUCCGAAUCUCGUGUCCCAUCAUCCCACCUUUUAAACUGCGCUUAGAGUGAGUUGAUGCUGCUGAGUAUAUAUGUGAUCGCAUCAAGAACACGCUCCUCCCCCUCCCUGUUAUAUGAGACUGAGGCAUGAUCGUCUGCUGCCAGCGUUGCCAUCGCCAUCACCAUUUCCACCUUUGCUUACAAUCAGCUAGGAGAUGCAUGUACAGUCAGCAAAACAACAUUCACCUUCACUUCAUCUUCUUUCUUCAUAAGAAGCAUUAUAAUUUAUUUUUCUGUAACAGGUAAAUUCGUGUGGCCGCUAUAUGUUCGUAAUCAGUUUCAGUUAACACGAGCUUAAAAAAUGCCAAUAAAUCACAGCAGAAACUUUUGAAAAUUUUAUACUGUAUCUUGUCCCGUAUUAAGUGUAUUUGAAACGCUGUUUAAACAUUUUGUUUUAAGGGAAUAAUUUGAAACUUCAUCAUAAAAGUCAAGAUCUGAUCCAGUAAUAAUGAAUUUGAUACACUUGUAUUCCUUAUGUUGGUUCAUAUGCAAACACUUUGCUUAUUUAAUCACAUAGUAACAUCUGUAUUUGUAAGAAAGUUGCACUCGUCAUUAACUUGUCAGGUUUUGUAAAAUGAAUUUACUUUCAAUAAGAAAACCUCAAUUAUGUUUGUAUGCGAUGAUGACAAAUAGGGAAACAACCAUUUUUAUGGCUUCAGAAAACAAAAUUAAUGUACUAUUGCAAAAUAUCAUGUGCUUGUAGAUUUGGGUAAGUUUGAAAUAUCUGUAGUCUUUUUCUUGUCAUGACUGUGGUUAAAGAUGUACUUGAAGUGAUUUGAGAGUAAUUUAUUUCUGUGAAGAGUUCAUAUUGACUGCAUUUAUAUUGUUCCUUUUUUUUGUUAACACAUACUUGGGCAUCAAAAUCAUAAGGAUUUUUUCACUAUAAAUUUCAGACUGAAAAGAUUAUAGUUAUGUAAGGUAUUUGUUUUAUUACUGUACUAUGUCUAGAUGUUUGAGAAGUAAUUUAUAAUUGUCACAAAUAUUGUUCUUUCCAAAAAAGACUUGUAAUCAUUGUUGUAGUCUAAUGUACUUCAUGACAAUUGAAUGAUGAACAAUAAAAGAACUAGUGUUA